AUGACUAACCCUCUCCAUGACAAGCCUCUUCGCAUUGGAGUCGAUGUUGGUGGAACCAACACUGAUGCUGUCGUUCUGGAUGUCAAUGCGGCAAAGUCUCCCAACAGGGGGGUCCUCGCAUUUUGCAAAACUCCAACCACCGGCCCAAAUGUUAGUGAGGGCAUUCAAUCGGCUCUCCGGAACGUUCUCGAGCAGUCCAACGUGGACAAGUCACAAGUCGCUUGUGUUACGAUUGGCACGACACACUUCAUUAACGCUGUCGUCGAACAAGAUGCUAGUCGACUCGCCAUGGUCGCGGUUAUCCGCCUUUCCAAAAGCUUCACCAAGGAAGUUUCACCGUUUUCCGACUUCCCUCCCGCGCUAGCGAGGAUCAUGAAUGGUUAUUAUGGUUUCAUUGAUGGGGGGCUUCACAUUGACGGCUCUCAAGAAGCGCAUAUCGUGGAAGCCCAAGUCCACCGAGAAUGUGAAAAGAUCAGACAGCUGGGGAUUAGAUCAAUUGUACUUUCGGGCGUUUUCUCUCCACUUGACCAACAUUUUAGGCAGGAGCACACUGUCCGAGACAUUAUUCUUGAAUAUCUCCCUGGUGUUGACGUUGUCUGCUCAUCAGACAUAUCGACCUUGGGGUUUCUGGAGCGCGAAAACGCAGCCAUCCUCAACGCGUCCAUCCUCCGAUUUGCUAGGCGCACGAUUCAAGCAUUCCGAGCAUCGAUUCGGCAAUUAGGCUUGAAUUGCGCUCUGUUCCUUACCCAGAACGACGGCACUGUCAUCAGCGCUUCCUCUGCAGCACAAGUUCCCAUCCGCACUUUCUCUUCAGGUGCAACCAAUUCGAUCAGAGGGGCCGCAUAUCUCGGCUCACACCAACUCAAGGGGGAGGGGAAUGAGACAUCGAUGAUAGUUUUGGACGUUGGAGGAACGACGAGUGAUGUCGGAGUGCUCCUACCUUCGGGAUUCCCGCGUCAAUCAUCGGCGUAUGUGACGGUCGCAGGGAUCAAAGUCAAUUUCAGUAUGCCACACGUCGAAUCUAUCGGUCUAGGCGGUGGAUCGAUCAUCAAGUACACCGACGGUGGCAAAGCUACGAUAGGCCCAGAGUCCGUUGGCCAUCUCCUCACCUCAAAGGCUCGAGCAUUUGGAGGUGAUACAGUGACAGCGACCGACAUCGCGGUAGCGCAUGGAGCCAAUAUUGGUGAUCCUCUUUUGGUUACAGACAUCACUCAGUCAACGAUCGCAGAGUGCCGUACCAGAAUCAAGGCUCAGUUGGAAAGAGUCAUCGACUUGAUGAAAACAUCUCCAGACCCUUUGCCGGUUUUGGUGGUGGGAGGCGGGUCCAUCAUUGUCCCCGACAGUCUAGAAGGUGUAUCCGAACUCAUCUCGCUCCCCUAUUCCUCAGUGGCGAACGCAGUGGGCGCCGCAGUCUCCAAAGUCAGCGGUUACGUGGACAUCAUUCAGGAUAUAUCGACUCAAAGCGUCAAUGAAUUGAUGGAAAGCGCGCGGCUUGAGGCUGUCAAGCGUGCGGUGGAAGCCGGAGCAGAUAUACAUACUGUCACUAUUGCUGAAAUGGAAGCAAUCCCCGUACAGUACGCGGCAAACCAAGCUCGAAUAAUUGUGAGAGUCGUUGGCGAUCUGCGGAGACCGGAUUUGUCGAACCACCAAUCUUUAGAGCACGAAGAAAGAUUUCUUGAACAAGAGGAUAUGGACGUUGGACGUUCUUGGCGGCAAGAAAGCGCCCAUGGUGAAGACCCCGUAUCUGUGGAUAUCGAUUCGUAUUCACCAAAAAUUGCGAAAAACGAACGAAACGGUCAGCUCGAAUGGGAGCUGACAGAAGUCGAUGUUUGUUUUCUUGCUGAUGGAUGCUAUGUCUUGGGCUGUGCCGGAGGAGGCUCUCCUUCAAGCCACUGCUUGCAAGUCCGGAACCUGUUGAGACUCGGCCACACUGUCCGGAUCAUCGAUCCAAGAGCGUUGGCACCCGACGCUCUUAUCAGCUGGGGAGGCUACUUAGGUUCGCCAGCAGUGUCGAUUGAACGGCUGGCUGGAACAGAAACCGUGCAGGCUGUCGCAGAACUAAUGCAGUAUCUUCGGUUGGACUCCUUCGACGCAGUCAUGUCUCUAGAAAUUGGAGGCGCAAAUGGUUUGCAACAAUUGUUGGUUGGAUCUUCUAAGUACUACGAUCGACCCGUCGUGGAUGCUGACUGGAUGGGUCGAGCAUAUCCCACCAUUUGGCAAACAUCUAUCUCUGUUUAUGAACCGGGCGAAUUAGUGCCCUGCUGCUUGGUAUCGGGAUCUGGGAACAAUAUCGUCAUGACCAAAUCAAUUGACGAUGAAAUCGUCGACCGGGCGUUGAGAGCUUCUUGCUCCGAAAUGGGCUCGUGGGCUGGACUGGCCGUGAAACCCACGACAGCGGACCGAAUCGUGAAAUACGGCAUUCCAAACACACUGUCCUUUGCCUGGCGAAUUGGACGAUGUAUAGCGCGUGCUCAAGCAAACAAUACUGUCGCUAGUGUUGCCGAAGACAUCAUCGAAGAGGCCGGAGGAUCCGGCGCCGCGAAGGUGCUUUUUCGGGGGAAAAUAGUUUCUGUUGAGCGGCGGUUGCACAAGGGUCAUACUUAUGGCGAGCUCGUCAUGCAGCAGAUCCCCGACGAAGAACAAGAACUUUCCCCCACCACCAACCCCGUUGCUACCGGUGGGUCUCUCAAAAUUGCUUUCAAGAACGAAAACAUCUACGCCCAACAUACCGCCUGUGACGGGAGCAGACGGUACAUCGCCUCGGUGCCUGACCUUAUAGCGGUACUUGACGCGCAGUCUGGACGAGCACUCGGGGUUCCCGAGUACAGAUAUGGAAUUCUCGUCACGGUCUUGGGAAUUGCAUGUUCCCCGAAAUGGACUGAUACUGAACAGUCCUUGAGAUGUGGCGGCCCUUCGGCAUUUGGGUACGAUUUUGCGUACACACCGUUGGGGGACUACGUGGAGCCCGAGAGCGUGGUCCUCGAGUAUGCGAGGAAGGCUGGACACGUGUGA